CAGCAAUCUAAACAAAUAAAUAUUGAUGAGACAUUUCAAAGAAUAGCUGCAAAUAAUCCUAAGCAAAAAGAAAAAAAAGAUCAAAAGUUUAUUAGUAUGCUAGUUAAAGAUCAAUUGUCUAUUAAUAUAUGUAAAGGUAUUAGUUUUGUUGAGUUUUUGGCAGAAUUCAAUCCUAAUUACCAGUUGCCUU